CGGAAGCUCGCUUGGAAAACAGGAGGUGAAGAAACGCGAAGGGGGGUAGACGCAGCAGGAGGCCGUGGCUGGACAAUGACUGACGUGGAAAGUGUAAAGGAGUGAGUAACAAACUUCGGGGGAGAAAACAGUCUUGAGAGCCAAGUCCAUCGCCUCUCUGUGAGCUGCUGUGGGUUCAACUGGUCACAGCACAAUGAGUCUGGAUAAAGCAGAGCUGUGUGAUUCACUGUUAACCUGGUUACAGACAUUUCAGGUGCCAUCAUGCAACAGCAAGCACGACCUAACAAGUGGAGUGGCCAUCGCACACGUGCUUCACAGAAUAGACCCCUCAUGGUUUAAUGAGACAUGGCUGGGCAGGAUCAAGGAGGAGAGCGGGGCCAACUGGCGCCUCAAGGUCAGCAACUUGAAAAAGAUCCUUAAGAGCAUGAUGGAAUAUUAUCACGAUGUGCUCGGUCAUCAGGUAUCAGAUGAGCACUUGCCAGACGUGAACCUUAUAGGAGAGAUGGGAGAUGUCACUGAACUGGGCAAGCUGGUGCAACUCGUAUUGGCCUGUGCUGUCAGUUGUGAGAAGAAACAAGAGCAAAUCCAGCAGAUAAUGACACUGGAGGAAUCGGUCCAGCAUGUUGUGAUGACAGCCAUUCAGGAGCUCUUAUCAAAGGAUCCUUCGUCGGACCCAGGAAGCCCAGAAACCUACGGGGACUUUGACUACCAGUCCAGGAAGUAUUAUUUUCUAAGUGAAGAGGCAGACGAGAAGGAGGACCUGAGCCAGCGCUGUCAAGACCUGCAACAUCAGUUGUCGGUGGCUCUGGAGGAGAAGUCGAGCCUGCAGGGGGAGACGCGCUCCUUGAAGGAGAAGCUGAGCAACUGCGACUAUCUGGACGCCUCCACCACCGCCAUCACUGGCAAGAAGCUGCUGCUGCUGCAGAGUCAGAUGGAGCAGCUUCAGGAGGAGAACUACAGACUGGAGAACAGCAGAGAUGACGUGCGCGUGCGGGCAGAGAUACUGGAGCGUGAGGUGACCGACCUGCAGCUACGUAACGAAGAGCUGACCAGCCUGGCGCACGAGGCCCAGUCCCUCAAAGACGAGAUGGACAUUCUCAGGCACUCGUCUGACCGGGUGAACCAGCUGGAAGCGCUGGUGGAGACGUACAAGAGGAAGCUGGAGGAUCUGGGAGACCUGCGCAGGCAGGUGCGCCUCCUGGAGGAGCGCAACACCGUGUACAUGCAGCGCACUUGCGAGCUGGAGGAGGAGCUCCGCAGGGCCAACGCUGUCCGCAGUCAGCUGGACACCUACAAGAGACAGGCUCAUGAGCUCCACACCAAGCACUCGGCAGAGGCGAUGAAAGCGGAGAAAUGGCAGUUUGAGUACAAGAACCUUAACGACAAGUAUGACGCACUGCUGAAGGAGAAAGAACGUCUGAUCUCGGAAAGGGACACACUUCGGGAGACAAACGAUGAGCUCCGGUGUGCACAAGUCCAACAGCGGUGUCUCAGCGGAUCUGGAGGCUUGUGUGACGAUGAUGUCACAGUAGGAAACCUGGCUGCAGAGAUCAUGCCGACUGAGUUCAAAGAGACGGUGGUGCGUCUGCAGAGUGAAAACAAGAUGUUGUGCGUCCAGGAGGAGACCUACAGGCAGAAAGUAGUGGAGGUGCAGGCCGAGCUGGAAGAGGCCCAGCGCAGCAAGAACAUCCUGGAAACUCAGAACAGAUUAAACCAGCAGCAGAUCUCAGAGCUGCGUUCUCAGAUCGAGGAGCUCCAGAAAGCGCUCCACGAGCAGGACAGCAAGACUGAGGAUGCCAUCUCCUCCUUACUGAAGAAAAAGCUUGAGGAGCAUCUGGAGAAGCUCCAUGAAGCUCACUCAGAUCUCCAAAAGAAGAGAGAGGUCAUUGACGACCUGGAGCCCAAAGUGGACGGCAACAUGGCAAAGAAGAUCGAUGAACUCCAGGAGAGCCUGCGGAAGAAGGAUGAGGACAUGAAGCAGAUGGAGGAGCGAUACAAGCGUUAUGUGGAAAAGGCAAGAACGGUGAUCAAAACCCUGGAUCCCAAGCAGCAGCCGGUGCCUGCGACUCCUGACAUUCAGGCGCUGAAGAACCAGCUCACAGAGAAGGAGAGAAAAAUCCAGCACCUGGAGCAUGACUACGAGAAGAGCAGAGCCCGACAUGACCAGGAGGAGAAACUCAUCAUUACUGCAUGGUACAACAUGGGGAUGGCGUUGCAUCAGAAAGUGUCUGGCGAGCGGCUGGGUCCCUCGAACCAGGCCAUGUCCUUCCUCGCCCAGCAGCGCCAGUCCACCAACGCCAGGAGAGGCCUGACGCGACACCAUCCCAGAUGAGACGUCCCGGCACCGGCAGGCGAACGCACAAACGCUGAGCGGACGCAUGGAGAGAAGACAAAGCCAUCAGCAGUGGACUUCACAUGAACUCCCUGUGUCUUUGCCUUAAAGCCUUUCCCUGGAUCCCUGCACCUCAGAGAGACAUUUGUCAUGCUGCUGCUGCCCCCUGCUGGCUCUUAAUGGUACGAGAAUGUUUAUUUUUCUCCGUGGAGCCCCAGAGCGGAGAGAUGUACUACUGUUUAACUCCGCUGUAGAUUAGAUCCAGAGUGAACUCACAGAAACAGAAAUGAAUGGAGCAGAUGGAGUAGUCUCACCUUUUAAGGUGACUUUUUUUCUCCUCCUCUAGCCGUGUUUCUUUAAGGUCUGUUUUUAAUCUUUUUGUUUUUGUUUUUAUGUUAUAAAGAUGUGAACUAGUUUUGUUAAGGUUACAGUUUAAAUGUGGUAGACGAGAGAGAAGUUAUUAGGGGUUUUACAAUUACUACUGGAAGUGCUAGAGAAGACUUAAAGCCACACAGGCUGUAGACUGAAAACAUGAUCACAUC